GCGCUCUUGGCAUCAGUCUUCAAAAACGCGUUUAUAUCGCGUCUUCCCCGGGCGCUAGUACAUAACUAAACACGUCCCCCCGUAGAAAGAAAAGGAGAACGACGACGAACGCCAGGAAAACCGCCGGGAAAACGCACAGGAGAAAAGAAGAAGAAAACAAGGAGAAAAAAAGGACAGCAUGGCUUCAGAGAUCAAAGUCACUCCCUAUCAAGAGAAAGUCUACGCCCUCCUCAAGCAGAUUCCGUCUGGUAAGGUGAGCACCUACAAGCACAUGUCGGACCUGCUCAACUCCUCGCCGCGAGCGAUCGGCGGAGCUCUACGUCGGAAUCCGUUCGACGAUGUGCCGUGCCACCGCGUGAUCGCGUCCGACGGCUAUAUCGGCGGCGUGGGCGACUGGAGCAAGGCGCCGUCGGGUAUGAACUGCAGUAAGAAGCUGGAGAAGCUGCGGGCCGAGGGCGUGCUGUUCAACGAGAAGGGCAUCUUGACGGAGAAAGAUCGCAUCUGGUGCGACUUUGAGGUUUGAGAUGAGCAUUGAGCAUUAUUCUGCAGGGGUGUCUGUCUGUGGUUAUUGUUAGCGUGUGUACUUGUUAUGUAUGUCCUUGAGAGUCGAGGCUCGUAGUUAUCCAUGUAUCCGCAGUCGAAGUGUACUGUGUUUUUAAUUCGAGAGUUUCUUUUUUUUUGUUGGCCGAGGAGCGGAGACGAAGACGAAGAUGGAUGAGGGAAGGCUGGUUAUGCGCGCUUCUUUCCUGUAGAUUGCCGUAUGUGUGUACCUAAGUGAGGAUUCCUCACGGGAUCGUGAAGUCUUGGGUCUUGACUGUUGGCCCGGCCGCAGCGG